GUUUCCCAGGAAAAACGGGACUUGGCCGCCCAGUUUGAGAGUUAUUUUGUAGAAAAACUGUUUUCCAUUUUCAUUUUCAUUUUACAAUAAGCUUCAACGGACCAAUCCAAAGUUCGUUGAUCUCCGCUCACCUGCUUCCUCUUUGACUCUUUCUCUCUCUCUCUCUCUCUACUGAAAGUGCACGACCGGCGACGCAUUGUGCCGUGGGAGGCGGAGGAAGGAGGAGGAGGAGGAGGAGAGAUGAAGUGCUUCCACUUCACGAACGGGGAGCGGCGGGACGACGAGGAGGUGGCGGCUUCGCGGUCCUCGAAGGUGUCGUGGGCGCGGUCCUUCAGCGUGGCGUCCAGCAGCGUCGACACGAGGCGGUCCGAGUUCGACUCGGAGUCCAGGGACUUCGGGGACUCGGUCGCCUUCUACGAGCUGUUGACCCAGCGCCGGGCCAAUAAUCUGCGCGUCUUCUCCUUCGCCGAGCUCAAAUCGGCCACCCGAGGCUUCAGCCGCGUGCUGAUGAUAGGCGAGGGAGGGUUCGGCUGCGUCUUCAGAGGCGUCGUCUCCGUCGACGAUGGCUCCGAUGCUAAGAUGGACGUUGCUGUCAAGCAGCUCAACCGCAGCGGUUUCCAGGGGCACAAGGAGUGGAUUAAUGAAGUAAAUUUUCUCGGUGUUGUCAAGCACACGAAUCUUGUUAAGCUCGUGGGCUACUGCGCAGAGGACGACGAAAGAGGGAUCCAAAGGCUGUUGGUGUAUGAGCUCAUGCACAAGAAGAGCUUGGAGGAUCAUCUACUAUCCCGUGUUCCCAUGCCUCUUCCCUGGAUGUUAAGAUUGAGAAUUGCUCAAGAUGCAGCCCGUGGGUUGGCGUACUUGCACGAAGAAAUGGAUUUCCAGCUAAUAUUUCGAGAUUUCAAGACAUCGAAUAUCCUGCUAGAUGAGGAUUUUAGGGCUAAAUUAUCAGACUUUGGGCUAGCAAGGCAAGGGCCAGCAGAAGGGCUAAGUCAUGUGUCGACCUCAGUUGUGGGUACUGUUGGUUAUGCGGCUCCAGAGUAUGUCCAGACGGGAAGACUGACUGCUAAGAGCGAUGUAUGGAGCUUUGGGGUUGUUCUCUAUGAACUCAUCACAGGAAGGCGGGCAGUAGAAAGAAAUCUACCUCGGAGUGAACAGAAACUUCUGGAAUGGGUCAGGCCAUACGUUUCGGAUCCAAAGAAGUUCCACCUCAUCAUGGACCCACGACUUGAAGGAGAAAACUGCAUUAGAUCUGCCCAGAAACUCGCUUCCCUAGCCAACAAGUGCCUCAUGAAGCAGCCCAAGUCUCGUCCCAAGAUGAGUGAGGUGGUUGAAAUGCUGGAAAACAUCAUAAGUGAAACACUGCCACAGGAAGCGGUUGCAAUGGUCCCUGAACCAGAGGUAUCUGAGGUAGAGGACAUAGCGGAUGAAGAAGCUACUGCAGAGGAGGCUGAAACUGAAUCAACGAAGCGAGGAGGGAGUCACUUGAGGAAGGUGUUUGAUAUCAGAGAGAUGGUAAGUUUGAGGAACAGGUCCAUCGGGAAGUUGGAUUGGAGAAAUUGGACUCCCGGGUUGGUAAGAACUUGGUAAUACAAUAAGACCGUGACGGCAAUUAAAUAAGUUAGGUACCGCUGUCUCUGUCCUUGCAGCGAUCACAUUGAUCUUUGAAGCAGGAAGAUGGACACAGGGAAGUUCACGAUAUUUUCAAUCGGUCUCAUCUCAGAUAGUUGUACAUAUAAGAGUAAUAGCUGAGAGAACUGCACUGAUGAAGCCUGCCAGGUUCUUUUAAUGGCAACUUACGGGUCACAAUUUUGUCCUCUCCAUUACCACGGCCGUCUUCUUCGACGAUCUCUUCAAAAAACCAAGUUCGUUUAUUUGUUUGGUUAGCUGAGUACAGCUCAGUUCUAGCAUUAUGUUGCACAAACAGAAUCGAAGAAAGUCCAUGACUUUUAACCAA